UUGUCACUGCUCGAUGGCGGCGCGCCGAGGCGUUGGGAGCCCUCGCUCGGAUUGUGUCACCAGUCUGCGCUCGGAAUUAGUCGCCGAUAGUUCGGCUCCAAGUGGUCCUUACGCAUUAACUUCAACAUCCCAAAUUUCUCCAUCACUCCGUUCACCUCUGCAUAACAGUCCUCCCCAUAAAUGUUUAAUAAAACCAUCGAAAAAGUGAAAGCCAGUCCAUGAGGACGAAACACCACAGGAUUUCGUCGACAAAACGUUAUAAUAUAAUAAGGAAAUAAAUAAGGAAUAAUGAGUGCAACGAUAAAGCCCGCGGAGAAUGGCACUAACGAUCAGCCUGAUCAGUACAUGCGAAAACGUUCGACGAAAACAAAGUGGCAGACCAUAAGGGAUGGUAUCUACAACCCCUCCAAGGGUAAAGUCCUGGGGAAAACUGGGAAACAAUGGGGAAUAACAGGGCUGUUCUACCUAUGUUUCUUCACUGGUUUAGCAAUAUUAUGUGCCAUAUGCUAUAAAGGGUUGGAAGCCUCUUUAUCUAAACAAGAACCGAGGUGGAAAUUAGACAGCAGUUUAAUAGGAACAAGUCCAGGCUUAGGUUUUCGACCUAUAUCUGAAAACACCAAGUCAGGUUCUAUCAUCGCGUACAAUGCUGCUAAUACAACACAAGUCGACAUGUGGGUUGCACGACUCAACAAAUUUCUCGAAAAUUACUUGCACACAUCGCAGUCACCCGCUGCCCGGCCAAAUCAACAGCCAUGCAGUCACGAUUUUCAUAAUCUUACGAAAGGCAAAGUUUGCGCUGUUGACAUUAACAGCUGGAAUCCGUGCUCACCGAAAGAGGAAUUUGGUUUUCGGAAUUCAUCUCCCUGUGUUUUCAUCAAGUUGAACAGGAUAUAUGACUGGGUACCAGACUAUUACAAUGAUUCGAGUAAUCUGCCUGAAGAGAUGCCUGAAAGUCUAGUGAACCAUAUCAAGAGUGUCAAGGGUAAAGAGUUAAAUACCGUUUGGGUCUCUUGUAACGGACGUCAUGGAAUUGAUAGAGAGCUUCUCAACGACAGCAUUGAGUACUUGCCUCGUGGCCCUCAAGGAUUUCCAGGAUACUAUUAUCCUUACACGAAUACUCCAGGAUAUUUAAGCCCUCUGGUGGCUGUACACUUCCGUCGACCAGCAGUGAAUCAGCUGAUUUUUGUGGAAUGCCGUGCAUGGGCGAAAAACAUAAAAUACGAUAGGAAGGAGAAGUUGGGGAUGGUUUCUUUCGAGCUACAGAUCGACGAUAGGCCAAAACCAAAGCAGAAAACUGGCUCAAUAGAUUUAUAAUAGUGAGUGUAAUGACGACUGUCAUGUCGAUGAGAAUCUACUCAGUGGUGGCUUAACGCAUUGCCUUAUUACCAAGUAAAUUCAGUACACUUAAUCUAUGUACUUACGACGAGAUAAGUAUGCUUAUCAGUCGAGUUCAAACUGUGUGUACUGUAAUGUUGACAGUAACUGUUAGUCAUGUUUUUUAUGCGAAAUAUUACAUUGUGAGCAUUUUUGAAAAUUUUGUAAUAAUGCCAACUCAACGUGCUAUUUGUGUUUAUACGUAUUUUAUAGUUUUACCACUGUUCAUGUUAAUGAUAAAUAUUUGUAAGUUAUUCGACAAAACCGGUUUUUGUUACAAUUUCAAAAUGAUGAAGUGAAUUUAUUGUUUAGUUAGAUUACGAAUGACCAAUGAUUGUAUUGUACAAAUAAAUUUUAGAUUUAUUUGAUCAAGUUACAA